CACCUCCCCCCUCCCUGCCCCCCCAGCCCCGCCGCCCCCCGCGGCAGUGCAUGAGGCCGGGCCGGGCCCCACGUUCUCCCCCUCCGCAGCCUGGCCGGGUGCGGGCCCCGAGUUGCGGAGCCCGGGACAUGGCCCACAGGAGCGCGGCGGAGCCGGAGCGAGCGUGACCGCCCCGGCCGGGGCGGGGAGGGGGCUGCAACGUUAUUCGUGGGGUGUUCAUCCUGUAAUUAUUAUUUUUGGAGGGGGGGGGCGACGUUUUUCUUCCUCCUCCUCGGUGGCAAACACACGGUUGAGCACAAACUGCCCCCAGCCCACCCUCCCCGCACGGCUUCCCGCAGCAGCCCGUUAAUUGCACUUGGCGAUGUUGGACCCGGGUUAUAUCCUCCUCGCCCCCCCUCCCCAGCCCCGUUGCCCCCCCCCCCGGGCCCCGCAGAGCCGCUCGGAAGGAGAAAGGGAGGAAAAAAAAAACGCCCGGACUGCUCCAGCCUCCGAAAUGACUCAGUAACUUUUACGCCUCGAGUCUCAGCCCUGCAAUUAGCCACUUGCCCAGCGCGGCUCGGGAUGUAUUCGUCUCCUCUCUGCCUGACCCAGGAUGAGUUCCACCCCUUCAUUGAGGCACUGCUCCCCCAUGUCCGGGCCUUCGCCUACACAUGGUUCAACCUGCAAGCCCGCAAGCGCAAGUACUUCAAGAAGCAUGAGAAGAGGAUGACGAAGGACGAGGAGAGGGCGGUGAAAGAUGAGCUGCUGAGUGAGAAGCCAGAGGUGAAACAGAAAUGGGCCUCGCGCCUUCUGGCCAAGCUGCGCAAGGACAUCCGGCCCGAGUGCCGCGAGGAUUUUGUGCUCUCCAUCACCGGCAAGAAGCCCUCAUGCUGCGUCCUCUCCAACCCUGACCAGAAGGGGAAGAUGCGCCGCAUCGACUGCCUGCGGCAGGCAGACAAGGUGUGGCGGCUGGACCUGGUCAUGGUCAUCCUCUUCAAAGGGAUUCCACUGGAGAGCACCGACGGUGAGCGCCUGGUCAAGUCAGGCCAGUGCACCAACCCCAUCCUCUGCGUCCAGCCCCACCACAUUAGUGUCUCUGUCAAGGAGCUGGACCUCUACCUGGCUUACUUCGUCCGUGAGAGAGAUGCAGAGCAGAGCAGCAGCCCCCGGACAGGCAUUGGCUCGGACCAGGAGGACAGCAAACCCAUCACGCUGGAUUCCACAGACUUCCAGGAAAGCUUUGUUACCUCGGGGGUGUUCAGUGUCACCGAGCUCAUCCAGGUGUCCCGAACACCGGUGGUGACAGGCACGGGUCCAAACUUCUCUCUUGGGGAGCUCCAGGGCCACCUGGCCUAUGACCUGAAUCCCUCCAGCACUGGCAUGCGGAGGACACUGCCUAGCACCUCUUCCAGCGGGAGCAAACGGCACAAGUCGGGGUCCAUGGAGGACGACAUCGACACCAGCCCGGGGGGCGAGUACUACACCUCCUCCAAUUCCCCCACCAGCAGCAGCCGCAACUGGACAGAAGACAUGGAAGGGGGCAUCUCCCCCACUGUGAAGAAGACAGAGAUGGACAAGUCCCCCUUCAACAGCCCGUCACCCCAGGACUCCUCGCCCCGUCUGAGCAGCUUCACGCAGCACCACCGUCCCGUCAUCGCAGUGCACAGCGGUAUCACUCGAAGCCCACACCCAUCAUCUGCACUGCAUUUCCCCACCACCUCCAUCCUCCCACAAACGGCCUCCACCUACUUCCCCCACACGGCCAUUAGGUACCCGCCUCAUCUCAACCCACAGGACCCACUGAAAGAUCUCGUCUCACUGGCCUGUGACCCGUCCAACCAGCAGCCCGGACCGUUAAAUGGAAGUGGUCAAGUGAAAGUGCCCAGCCACUACUUGCCCCCGCAGAUGCUGGCGCCACCACCUCCCCCUGGCAUGCCCCGCUUGGCCGUCUCUCCUGACACCAAACCCACUACGACAACUACCGAGGGAGGGACGACCUCGCCGACAUCACCCACCUACUCUGCACCAGGCACGCCCCCUGCGAACCGUUCCUUCGUGGGAUUAGGACCAAGGGAUCCUGGGAGUAUCUAUCAGGCACAGUCCUGGUACCUGGGAUAACCGCCGCCGUGCCGCCCCUUCGCCUCCCUUCUCUGCUUUAGGCACCCCCAGAGGAACAUCCCUGAGCACCAGGCCCAGCCUUGUGGUGACGAUGGAGAGCGUGGACUCACGAUGACGACGACGACAACGACGACGACAAGCAAAACCCACACCCGAAGGAAAGAGCGAGGGAAAGGAAGAAGGAAAAGGGUCAAACUUCUUCAAAACAAAAAAACCCACACAAACAACACCCCCCCCCAACCCAGGAGGAUCCCACACCCCCCUCCCCCCAGGAGAACAAAGAAACACACACACACAAAAGAGAGAAAAAAACACUAUUAUUUGCCCCCGUUGGACAGCGCUACGCUGAGACCUGACACAACUCGUGCCAGCAAUGCUCCUGCAGCGCCUGACCCCCAGCGGCUGCCGACUCCCUCGGUCCUGCCUCCAUGUGAGUAGAAAAGAUCAAACCCCCUUUGGGCGUCCCCCCACCCGGCCACACACAGACUGUCAGGGGAGCCCGGGAUGUGACACGGUGACAUGGUGCUGCAGUGGCCGGGGCUUGGCUUGUCAUGACUUUCACAGGAGGAAGGGGGCUGGGGGUUCCCGUCCCCCCCUACCGUGUCCCCGUGUCCCCCACACGUGUCCCCACCCCGGGGGUUGGGCGGGGGGAGCUGUGAUGAGGGGACACUCCGUGUGUCUGAGCUAUGCAUUCCUGUGGACAGGUACGGGGGGGGGGGGGGGGGGGGGGGGCGAUUGUGUUGCACAUUUGUAGGAAAUGCACUUUGAAGAGGGAUUGGUAAAAAAAAAAAAAAAGAGAGAAAGAAAAAGAAGAAAAGAAAA